AGACUUUGGACACUUGGAUGGGUGCUCGCAUUGAUGAGGAAGAUCCUAGAUGUGGGGAACGGGUUGCGAUUCGAUGAGAUGGCUGACAUUGACAUCCCACCAACCAACCAACCCUGGAGGAGGCUUGACAGCCUCAACCUGGGCCAGGAUAACUCAGAAUCCAAUCUGAGGUCAAUUCAUCCAUGUCCUUGAUCGUGAUCGGGGAGAUUGCCGAGUCAGCGAUGCGAUGCGAUGCGAAUAAAAAAAAGAAGGCCCUUCAUCAGCAACCCUUGCCCCGUGAUCGAAGGAUGCUGCUGGCAGGGCGAUGCUCACUCCCUCCAGACAGACAAGCCUCGCAAAUCCUUCACGAUCGUGCAACGAAGGGAAACGUAUCCCACCACUGGAUCAUUUAGAAACCAUGGGGUGAAAUGGUACCGAUUGCAUCCUCAUCCUCAAUCCUCGUCUUCAGGGAGAUACUCUAUCAUGAUGCUCAUCCUCAUCCUCUACAACAUUCACAGUUCGCACAAUCCAUCAUCCAUCCCGCCGUCGUUCGCAGCAACCUUGAAACUCCUAGAUCCCAAACAUCACGACUCUUCUACACUCUGGCAUCUUUCAACAUCACCAUCACCAUCUCACCCCGAACAAUCCCCUCAACCUCAGGCCCACUCUCGCUCCCACACAAACUCUUCAUCGUCCUCCCCGUUCCCUCCUCCCUACACUCCACAUGUCAAUCCAGCCUUUCUUCCUCCCUCCCCUUCAUUUCCGCAACCAUCCUUCCUCCUCCAAUCCUCCCCGUCAUUCUACCCUUUCACCUCGUUCUCUCUUGCUCCAACAGCCGAAGACUAAUUCCCCGCAUCCCAUCCCAUCCCAUCCCAUCCCAUCCUCAAGGCAAACUAAACGCAGAGGAAGAGGACGAGGUAAGGUGAGGAAACCUUAAAAACCCUAUUGAACACGCGGCGGUGCUGUGCUGUUAUCUUUUUUGCGCAACGGGAUCAGGCUGCUCGUACGAACGAGUGCGUACUGUAUUGUUCCUGGGGGAGAGAAGAGAGGGGAGGAUGGGACGUUGGGGGAUGAGAGGU